ACUUCCUGUGAGAAGAGGAAAAUUAAAGUGUUACUGUCUAACUUCACCAAAACUCUCAUCGACAGAAUUUAUUCUCACACUUCAGACGAUUGUAAACACAUCAAAUGUUGAGCUGAAGAUGUUGUGUUUAGGAGUGAUGGAUUUCAUUUGUUUGAUUCUGCUGGUUUCAGCUGGAAUAACAGAUUCAGGAGCAGAUAAGUUUGAUGCAGUUGGACCUUCAGCUGUGAUGACUGUAUCUGGUGAAGAUGUGAUCCUGCCGUGUUCUAUGAAACCCAACAUCAGUGCUGUGAACAUGAUAGUCGAGUGGUUCAGACCUGAUAUGAAAGGUUCAAUAGUUCAUCUGUAUAAAGAUCAUAAAGACAUAAACACAGAUCAGCUUCAGUCGUACAGAGGAAGAACUCAAGUGUUUAAAGAAGAACUAGAGAAAGCAAACACAUCACUCAAACUCUCAAGAGUCCAAAUCUCUGAUGAAGGACUUUACAAGUGUUACAUUCAGUCUCAAUCCUGGAGUGAUGACAUCACUGUUGAGCUCAGGGUUGAAGCUGUAGGCAGUGUUCCAGUCAUCACUGUAGAUGGGUUUGAUGGUUCUGGUGGUCUUCGUCUACAGUGUGAAUCUAAAGGCUGGUAUCCUGAACCUGAUCUUGUGUGGUUGAACAGUGAAGGAGUCACUUUAACAUCUGAAUCUCCAGACACACACAGAGAUGACACAGAUGGAUUCAGUGUGAAACACAAGAUCACUGUAUAUAACACUGACACUAAAUAUCACUGCAGAGUCAGAAUGAAUCAUCACAUGAUGGAGGCUGAGAUCAUCCCAUCCAGUAAAAUGUUUCACUCUUGGAGAUCUUCAGUGAUUCUGAUAUCAGUUGCUGUUGUUCUCAGUGUGAUCGCUGGAAUAUUGAUCACUGUGUUUGUCUGGAAACAGAGAGAACUACAAAGAAAGAAACAGAGAAUACAGAGAGAGGACCAGAGAAUAAAGAAUGAAGACCAGAGAAUACAGAAUGAAGACCAGAGAAUACAGAAUGAAGAUCAGAGAAUACAUGAUGAGCGUGAGCCACUACGGAGGACUGUAGAAAGUGUGACUUCACUGUUAAGAAAACAUGCAGUGAAUGUGACUCUGGAUGCUGAUUCAGCUCAUCCUCGUCUCAUUGUGUCUCAUGAUGGGAAACAAGUGAGAUAUGAAGAAAAACAACAUGAAGGAGUGAAGAAUGAAGAUACAGGACAAAAUAACAAGUUCGAUACACGUCUCUGUGUUGUUGGAAAUGAAGGAUUCUCUUCAGGGUGUUUUUAUUAUGAGGUGCAGGUGAAGGGGGCAGAUUGGUGGUGUGUGGGUGUGACCAGAGAAUCUGCUCAGAGGAAGGGAGGGUUCAGUCUGAAACAUCAGGAUGGAUACUGGACUGUGGGUUUGAGUUUCGGGAAUUAUUAUGCUGAUGAGAAUCUUGUUCUUCUUUAUCUGAGUGUGAAGCCUGAGAGGAUCGGGCUGUUUGUGGAUUAUGAGAAGGGUCGAGUCUCAUUUUAUGAUGUGAAGUCCAUGUGUCAUAUUCACUCUUUUACUGAUCAAUCUUUCACUGAGAAACUAUAUCCUGUUUUUUAUUUGUUUUCCUCUGGUCCACUCAUCAUCUGUAGUGAUAUCUCAUGAGAUCUGAAUAUAAUGUGAGGAGAGAAACAGACAGAGAGCAUUAUAAAUAUUUUUAUGAACAACAGGAUCUUGUGAUUCUAAAUUAGGUUUCAGGAUUAAAAAUGAGGAAAUAUAAACUGUUAAAUUCAGUUUGUCUUUAAUGAUGUUAAAUGUGGUCAAUAUGAAUGUGUGUGUGGGACUAAACAUUAUAUCAGAAUAUGAGCACAGUUAAGAACAUACUGUAAUACUGUCAUUGGUCUGUGUCAUUGGUCAUCUAAAACAACUUAGAAAUGAGCCAGAGAGACUCUUUAAUGUCUUUAUUCUACAUGAAUCUAUGGUCUCAUUCUUUAUAAACUCAGUAAAAUCCAGUUUUUGGAUAACAUCGCUCUCAAGAGACAUUAUAGUACGAUAAAUAUUGACGCUCUUGGCACAUGAGAGAUCGCAGCCUGUCUUUCACCAUGCCACUUUUGAGAAUGACCUCUCGCCGAAUGCGUUUUUUACAGGCAGUGUGAGAAAUAAGCUAAAAGAGCUCUCUCUGUGUUUGGAAAUACAGCGACAAAUUACCUUUUUUAUUAUCUUGAUGAACGUUCUUGCUGUGGUUUUGGUUUCAUUUUGGACGAGUGCUUUAAGUUGUAGAAGUUCAUCUAUAAAGUCCAUUUCCAAUUCUCUGCCGUAUUUAUUUUGCAAUUUAGUUGCAGUCGAACGCAGCUCUUCUAGAGUCAAGGAGACAAGGUUAUUUAUAAAAUCAAAAUGCUGGUUUAAAAUGUCAUAUGAAUUGAAUUUACAGUCCAGCUCAGCUACCAGUCUGUCAAUUACCAGUAUAAAGACGCUAGAUAAAAAUUUCGUAAAUACAUAAUUUAAACAGAAGGCUUCAGUGGCUUAGGUGUGCGCAGAGCACAGUGUGCCUGAGAGUGUUUUCAGGGUCUCUAGCCUACAGUUGUCAUUUGGUUGCAAGCCGACUGUGACAGCAUGCCAACCUGCUGGAGACCUCGAGCUAAAAUUAAAACGUUUGAACAAAAGAGAAAAAGUCACCCGUUUCUAGUUUUGUUAUGUGCGCAUAUACUGUGCAUUACGGUAAAAGGGUCUUCUUGGACUUCAACAUAUUGUCACCUUUGUAUGUUAUGUUUGGUUUUUUCCUCCCCUGAAUUGUCUCAUUAUUAGUUAAUUGUUUCCUUGACUGUUUUCACUUGUUUCAUUAUUAGUUUAUUGUUUUCACCUGUCCCUCUUCUUUGUUAAUUAGUGCCGCACCUGAUCCUGUUUUCCCUGAGUGUCUUCCUUAUGUAUUGAAGCCCUGUGUGUGCCUUCGUUCCUUGUCUAGUAUUGUUAAUGUUACCUGGUGUUGUGUUCAUGGUU